AUGCUGCGUAAUAUAUUGCAAGACCCUACUGUUGAGAAGGUUUACUGCUGCGUUCGAGGCAAGGAUCAUCAACUGAAAGAUCGUCUCUUGAAAACAUUUGAAUCUCGAUCUCUUGGUACCUCUCUCUUGAUCACGGAUCAUCUCGAGGUUUUGCCCAUGCGUUUCAAUGAGCCUUUUCUUGGUUUGACUAAGCAGCAUUACUAUCAACUCAAGAAGGAGGUAACAAUCGUCCAACACUGUGCUUGGUUGCUCAACUUUAACAUGCCAAUUGACCACUUUGACAAGGAAUGCAUUCAACCCUUUUACAACCUACUGAAGUUUGCUUACAAUGAAGUCAACCCAAUGCAUGUCCACUUUGUGUCUAGUGUCUCUGCCAGCGCUCUUUCAGGGCCUGUAAUUGCAGAGGAACCUUUACCCUUGGACUCUCAUGUUGCCAUGAACAUCGGAUACAGUCAAUCAAAAUGUGUGGUUGAAAUCCUUUUGAAUUACCUCACAGCUGAAAAAAAAACUUUCCUUGCUACGUCGAGCGUCUUGGUCAAGUCUGUGGUGACUCUGUGA